UUCACAAGAAGGGCAUGCUCCAACCAAAAUGGAUAUAGAGAAAGUCUUCCACAUGACUGGAGGAAUUGGCAACACCAGUUACGCCAAGAAUUCCUCCCUUCAGAAGAAGGAAUCUGACAAGGUGAAGCACAUAAUCAUAGAUACAGUUGGAGAGCUUUACCUUGCGACCACUCCUAGCAGCUUUGGAAUUGCUGACUUGGGCUGUUCCUCAGGACCCAACACUCUCUCCAUUAUCAAAGACAUCUUUGUAGCCAUCCAAGGCAUCAUCAGAAGCCACAAGAUCCUCCGGCCGCCCCCUGCUUCUGAGUUCAGAGUCUACCUCAACGACCUUCCCACUAAUGACUUCAACUCAAUCUUCAAGGCCCUCCCUGACUUCCACAGGCUGCUCAGGCAACACUGCAUUCAUAGCGCUGAUCACGUCCCUUCCAUUUUCAUGGGAGCUUACCCUGGCUCCUUCUAUGGGAGACUCUUCCCUAACACUUGUCUCCACUUUGUCCACUCAGCUCACUGCCUGCACUGGCUUUCGAGGGUUCCUGCAGGACUUUAUGACGAGCAGGGGAGGCCACUGAACAAGGGAAGCGUUUACAUUACAGAAUCGAGUCCGGCAGUGGUGGCUGAAGCGUACUACAAGCAAUUCCAGGAGGACUUUUCGUUGUUCCUGAGAUCAAGAUCUGAGGAACUGGUAGCUGGGGGAAGAAUGGUGCUCAUCUUUCUGGGAAGAAGAGGACCUGCGCAUGUUGACAGAGGCAACUCUUUCUUCUGGGAAAUCCUCACGCGUUCCUUUGCCGCUCUGGUCUCCAAGGGAGAAGUAGAAGAGGAGAAGGUGGAUUCGUAUGAUGUGCAUUUCUACGCGGCGUCGAGGGAAGAGAUAGAAGAACAAGUGAGGAAAGAAGGGUCGUUUGAGUUGGAGAGAAUAGAGACGUCGGAGAUAGACAGAAAGGAGCAAGUUCAGGGGAGUUAUGGCACGGUGGUGGCAAAGACGGUGAGAGCCAUACAAGAAUCAAUGAUAUCGAAUCACUUCGGAGAAGGCAUUUUGGAUGCUUUGUUUGAGGAGUACGCAACGCUGGUUGACGAAGAAAUGGUGAAGCAGGAUAUCAAGCCUAUCAAUUUUGUUGUGGUUCUCAAGAAAUUAUGAACGCGCCUAAAAAGUUCCCAAGUUUUAGUUUUUUUUUUUGCACAGAUUACGAGGCUGAAUGCUCCGUGCAAUAAUCUUAUUUCAUUAAUAAAAAAGUCUACGUUAUGUUGCAAAAUCUAGAUUGGUCACUGCUUCAAUUUGGUUGACCCUGAACAAAGUUACCAAUUACGGUGAAGUAAUCGAAAAUCCUUUGAUACGAUCAAAAUUUUGUGGAAGUGGUAGAAUAAUCCGAUGUACCGUUUGUGACAUGUGAAUGAUUGUAUUUAUCACUAGCCCUUCUGCUCUUAAA